AGGAUCUCUGGGAACAUGCUGUUAUUUUUUACUCGGCGCAUUAGUUAUUAUUGCAGUUGUCAACCGAUAUUGUAACGGGGUCCUCAUACCGUCAUCGCCUUUGCUCUCCUUACGACAUUCGGCUCCCUUAUAAGUUACUCCUUACCGUGCGCGCCACAUAGUUACAGAAACCCAAAAGCAAACACCCAAGCUCCGCUCUCCUUCUCCAGCCACAUAUUACGUACGUUUCGAAUGAAAGUGAUGAUUUAAACUUUGUCGCUGCUACCUACGCCAGCCGCAGAAACAGCUCGACAGCUUCUUAGGCUGUGACAUUUCGGUAAAACCUUUUUCUUGAAUAAAAGCUUUUGCGCCGGGACUGCUUCCUCUACCUCCGUCCGCGCCUGAAAAGGAAGAAGCCAUCGCGAAAGGGGACAAAAAGCGCAAACGCCGGAGCUCUUCUUUAUAUUAUUAGGGAAUUUUGAUUGAUUGAUACGAAGAAAGGAUGGACUUCUCCAAUAUCUUCCGCUUGAUCAACCUGGGCAUCGGGGCCAUCAUGGUCCUGGGCGGCGUCAGCCAGUUCUUCCCACCAAGCAUAAGCAGCGUUGUCGUCGGUGUUUAUGUGAUUCUGUUCGGUUUGGCCGUCGGUGCCCUUGAAUUCGUCCCACAUCCCCCAUCAUAUCUCUCGCGACAUGCAUCCUUCCUUUUCUCCUUCAUUGGACGGGGUAUCUUCUACAUUUUCGUCGGCUGCAUCCUUAUCGAGGGGAAAGUCCUACGAAUCAUUGCCGGCACCAUCGUUGGCGUCGUCGGCCUCGGAUACGUUGCCUUGGAAUUUGUGCCGUCGAUAGAACCCCCACCUACCAUGCGCGAGGCGGAUAGCACGUGGGGAUCUGAGCAGGUUUAAAGAACGACAACGCAAUUCGAUAAUUUGAACAUAUACCAGGAAGGGCGGAGAAGAGAAGGGAAGGCCGGCAUAUCGAGGAGUGGAUAUGUACUUUUGAGUCAUGGUGUAUAGGGGUGGGUGAUGGUGAUAUGUGUGUGAGAGGGGGAAGGCGAUGGUUUUAAUACUGAUCGCUUGCUGGGCUAAGCUGCAGCUCCUUUUAUUUUAUUUUUUUCACUUAAAACUGCUUCCGCUCAGCUGGCCCCCAAGCGGUAAUUUAUAUACAUAUAUACGGAGUACACAUCUAUUUUGUUUGAAAUCUGUUUACCUUCUUUCUUCAUUCCCAUCCUCCUCUUUCCCUUCACCUUCGUUAUUAUGUUUUGCGAAUAUUUACGUUAUUGACUUGAAAUCCUUGCGAACAAACCCAUUAUCUAUCUCGAUGCCUAUAUUCUUCCUCUUCGUCUUCUACUACUUCUCACUUAUAUGCACGGGGCUUCCUGCGAUUUAUUCCUAGUAUGAAAGGUUUAUUUGUCCCUCUACGUUUCUCACCGCUUGAUUUGAGCUUGGUCUGGUAUCAUUCAUCCCCUUUCCUUUCUCGCUGUUUGGGCGGUUUCGCCCGGGCUGUGUCGCGUAUAAAAUGACAAAGUUCUAUGGAUGUACUUCUAUUCUCAAGAAAGAUUUUUGGUCCCCGACGAGCCUGAUCGUCCUCUUGCUUCCUGGGCUUUGGCGUCGUCGCAACACAACACACACAGAGUUCUACGGCUAACGCAGUCCUUAUCUCGGUUACCUACCAUCAUCGGGCUUGCUGUUCUGCUCUGCGAGAAAAAAAAAAAAAAAAAAAAAAAAAAAAAAAAAAAAUUCCAGGCAGCGACGUUUCUCCACUGACAUAAGUUAAUCGCUGAAUGCUUGUGUUGGCCGGCUGCGGCCGUUGUCGUGGCGAUCUCAGAACAAGAGCCAAGGAUUGGAUGGCUACAUGGCCCUUAGCUUCUUCCAGAACAUAAUGUGGAAGGUAUGUGAUCAACCACUAUAUUAAGCUCUUUGUAAAUAGCUCUAUUAAUACAAUCUUCAACUAUUCUACAGAUUAUAAUUUGAAUGACAUGUUUUGCUUUUUAAAAUAUUGUAUUAAUAUUUUGAUAAGAGUAGUUCAUCUUUUUCAGAAAGACUUUUACGAGACAUAGUCGGCUUAACAGUAUCACAAAAAUUGACACUAGUUUCUGA